GUGACGUCUACCGUCUCCUGUCAAAGCAGUGGGGCGUUUUUGUUGUUAAAAAAGUAUUUGCCGAAUUGUGAAUACUGCUUAAUAGUACAGUUUUAUAAACAUGACCGACUCAAAGUACUUUACCACCACUAAAAAAGGUGAAAUAUUCGAGUUAAAGUCAGAAUUGAACAAUGACAAGAAGGAAAAGAAGAAAGAAGCUGUGAAGAAGGUUAUCGCUUCAAUGACGGUGGGCAAAGACGUGUCGGCCUUGUUUCCCGACGUCGUAAACUGUAUGCAGACCGACAACUUGGAAUUGAAAAAGCUAGUUUACCUAUAUUUGAUGAACUACGCGAAAUCCCAACCCGACAUGGCCAUAAUGGCGGUGAACACAUUUGUCAAGGAUUGCGAGGACCCCAAUCCGUUGAUUCGAGCCCUGGCUGUAAGGACCAUGGGCUGCAUCCGGGUAGAUAAAAUCACUGAGUAUCUGUGCGAACCUCUGAGGAAAUGCUUGAAAGACGAGGAUCCUUACGUUAGGAAAACUGCUGCCGUGUGCGUGGCCAAAUUAUACGACAUUUCUUCAGGCUUAGUGGAAGACCAAGGGUUUCUAGAGCAGCUUAAGGAACUGUUAAGCGAUUCGAAUCCCAUGGUGGUCGCAAACGCUGUCGCGGCGCUUUCCGAGAUUAACGAAAGCAGCCCCACCGGCCAGCCUCUUGUCGAGCUGAGCACCAGCACCAUCAACAAGCUCCUAACCGCUCUGAACGAGUGCACGGAAUGGGGCCAAGUGUUUAUCCUGGACUCGCUCUCGAACUACACCCCAAGGGACGAACGUGAGGCUCAGAGCAUCUGCGAGCGGAUAACCCCGCGACUGGCCCACGCCAAUGCCGCGGUCGUCCUUUCCGCUGUCAAAGUCCUCAUAAAGAUGAUGGAGAUCCUGGCGGGGGACACGGAAUUCUGCAGCACCCUCAGCAAGAAGUUGGCCCCGCCUUUGGUGACCCUCCUCAGCUCGGAACCUGAAGUUCAGUACGUCGCCCUGAGAAAUAUCAACUUGAUCGUGCAGAAGAAACCCGAUAUACUCAAACACGAGAUGAAGGUGUUCUUCGUUAAAUACAACGACCCGAUCUACGUGAAGCUUGAAAAGUUGGACAUCAUGAUCCGUCUGGCUUCUCAGGCGAACAUCGCGCAGGUGCUUAGCGAGCUUAAGGAGUACGCCACGGAAGUCGAUGUGGAUUUUGUGAGGAAAGCCGUCAGGGCAAUAGGAAGGUGCGCGAUCAAGGUGGAACCGUCCGCCGAGCGUUGCGUGUCCACGCUGUUGGAUUUGAUCCAAACCAAGGUCAACUAUGUCGUACAAGAGGCCAUAGUGGUGAUAAAGGAUAUUUUCAGGAAGUACCCCAACAAAUACGAGAGCAUCAUUAGCACCCUAUGUGAGAACUUAGACACGCUAGAUGAGCCGGAGGCCAGAGCUAGCAUGGUUUGGAUAAUAGGAGAAUAUGCCGAGAGGAUCGACAAUGCCGAUGAACUGCUUGAUAGUUUCCUAGAAGGUUUUGCCGAUGAGAACGCGCAGGUACAAUUACAGCUUCUAACGGCAGUGGUGAAACUGUUUCUGAAACGCCCCCAGCACACCCAGGGGCUUGUGCAGCACGUGUUGAGUCUCGCGACUCAAGAUUCAGACAAUCCGGACUUGAGAGAUCGUGGUUUCAUCUACUGGAGAUUGUUGAGUACUGAUCCCGCUGCUGCAAAAGAAGUUGUCUUGGCCGACAAACCGUUGAUAUCCGAGGAAACGGACCUCCUGGAACCGACGUUGUUGGACGAACUGAUCUGUCACAUAUCGUCUUUAGCGAGCGUUUACCACAAGCCCCCAACAGCUUUCGUUGAGGGUAGAAGUGCGGGCAUUAGAAAAACCCUGCCCGCUCGCCAGGGCUCAGCCGAGGACACAACGGCAACUGCCGAAGCGACCGUUAUACCCAGCCAGGACAGUCUCAUCGGAGACCUCUUGUCUAUGGACCUAGGGACGACUGUUCCGGCAGCUCCAGCACCAAUCGCUGCUCCCACGAGCAACGUUGACCUGCUGGGAGGCGGUCUAGAUGUUUUGCUGGGUGGUACUUCGGAUAUAGCGGGAAGUGUUGCACCAUCAACGACGGGACUUUUAGGUGAUAUUUUCGGUUUGUCGUCGACUCCAACUAUGUACACCCCACCGAAAACGUGUUGGUUGCCCGCGGAAAAGGGCAAAGGCCUCGAGAUUUACGGCACCUUCUCUAGACGGGCCGGUCAAAUGUCCAUGGACAUGACGCUAACGAACAAAGCGAUGCAGGCGAUGACCGGCUUCGCUAUCCAAUUCAACAAGAACAGCUUUGGCAUCGCCCCGGCUUCACCGCUGACCAUCCCGCAACUGCAACCGGGCCAAAGCUUGGAAUACAGUCUCUCAAUUAACACCGCCGGGCCGGUCCAACGAAUGGACCCCCUCAUGACGCUUCAGGUGGCGAUCAAGAACAACGUGGACGUGUUCUACUACGCCUGCCAGAUUCCCAUACAGAUUCUGUUCGUGGAGGACGGGACGUUGGAUAAAAGAGUGUUCCUGACCACCUGGAGGGACAUUCCGUCCGCGAACGAGGUACAGUACACGAUCAGUGAUAUUAAGGGUACGACGGACUCAGUCUCGAAUAAGAUGACGUCAAACAACAUCUUUACGAUCGCAAAGAGGAACGUGGAGGGUCAGGAUAUGCUGUACCAGUCUUUGAAGCUGACGAACAACAUUUGGGUGCUGUUGGAGCUUAAGCUUCAACCGGGCGUAACGUCCGCGACGUUGAGUUUGAAGUCGAGGUCGGUCGAGGUGGCACCUUACGUUUUCCAAGCCUACGACUCCUUCGUGAAGAAUUAAGGUGUACGUCUAGAUUCGCGAGUCGGUUUCGCCGGGGUGAGCAGAAAACUGUCGAAGUUUCGAAUCCUUGGACUUUGUAUCCCAAUAUAAUUUGUGAUUUAUUAAAUAUAUAUGUCUUAUUGAAGUGUAUUCGUCAUUCCAGCUAUUUUAGAAUGAUCGUAGGUAUAUAAUUUGUCAUCGUUAAACUAACUUGUAUCUCCAAUAAAUCUUUUAAAAUUA